AUGGGAAGAGAGUUUUCCGAUACAACAGGAUGGAGUAUGAUAUUUAAACGCGAUCACAUCAGUGAUGGUACUGUAGCAAUUUUUUGUGGAAUACUUCCAUUAAUCCUACCUGAUAGCAAUCCAUUUAAUCGACGACAUGAUUGGAAAUACGAGCCAAUUGUCAAAUGGACUAGUCUAGUGCAGAAUAUUUCAUGGGGUGCAAUAAUUCUUCUUGGUGCUGGUCUUUCAUUAGCCUCUGCUUUUCAAACAUCAAUGCUGUCAGAAAGCGUAGCAAAAGCUCUUGGUUUUAUCUCCAAUAUGCCGCAAGCUGCAGCUAUUAUAAUCAUUGUUGUUAUCAGUGGUUUUUUUACUGAAGUAACAUCGAAUUUAAGUACGGCAACUAUUUUUUUUCCUGUACUUGAUUCUGUGGCAACUUCAAGUGGCAUACAUCCAGCGUUUCUUAUACUUCCAUGUACACUGGCUGUGUCUCUCGCCUUUAUGUUGCCCAUCGCUACACCACCAAAUGCCAUUGUUUUUGCUAGUGGUGCUAUUCGUGUCAUUGAUAUGAUCAAAACUGGAAUAGUGAUGAAUCUCAUUGGCUUUUUAGUCAUCUUUCUAGUUGCCAAUACAUGGAUGCCAAAAAUUUUUGAUUUAAAUGAUCAAACAACGGCAAUUUUUCUCAACAUGACUACUCGCACUAUUUAA